AUGACGGUAUGGCCGCCGUUGAAGGUGGUGGUGCUUCUUUGUGCCAUUCUGUUGACAUUGGCCUUAUUGUUAUUUCAUUCUGAUGAGUUUAAGCUAAUUCAAUCCUCCAACUUCGCCUACCAAUUCAAAAACAAUGGUUUGGGUCAUAGCCAUGGCUUCCAAUCACCUCCUAAGAUUGCAUUUUUGUUCCUUACUCGUAGAAAACUUCCUCUUGAUUUUCUUUGGGCCAACUUCUUUGAGAAUGGAGAUGAAGCCAAAUUUUCUAUUUACAUUCACUCACAGCCAGGCUUUGUGUAUGACAAAUCAACCACCAAAUCUUCUAUCUUUUAUAACAGACAAUUAAACAACAGCAUUCAGGUACUGUGGGGAGAAUCCACCAUGAUAGAAGCCGAACGCCUGUUAUUCGGUGCAGCUCUUGACGAUCCAGCAAAUCAGAGAUUCGUCCUUCUUUCCGAUAGCUGCAUUCCUCUGCAUAACUUCAGCCAUACUUACAAUUAUCUUAUGUCUUCUACUAAAAGCUUUGUCGACAGUUUUUUGAAUGUUAACGAAGGUCGAUAUAAUCCCGAGAUGUUGCCGGUGAUAUCUCAGGAAAAAUGGCGAAAGGGUUCUCAGUGGAUUACUUUGGUGAGGAGACAUGCUGAAGUUGUAGUGAAUGAUGAAAUCAUAUUCCCUCUCUUUAAGAAAUUUUGUAAGCGAUGGCCGCCAGCGGACCACGAUACUAGAAGGAAAACAACUGAGAAGUAUCAUCCCAACUGCAUACCAGAUGAGCAUUAUGUCCAGACUUUACUUUCGAUAAGGGGUCUCGAGAAGGAACUAGAACGACGAACGUUGACAUACUCGAAUUGGAACAGUUCUAUCCCAAAAGAGGACAAAAGAUCUUGGCAUCCAGUUACUUUUUAUUAUCCAGAUGCAACUCCUCAGACAAUCAAAGAAAUAAAGGAAAUCAAUCACAUCGACUUUGAAUCCGAACACCGAACAGAGUGGUGCCGUGUUGAGUCAACGUAUACGUCGUGUUUUCUGUUUGCAAGAAAGUUCAGUCCAGGGGCCGGGCUGCGAAUCCUGAAAAAAGAUUCAUUGGAAAAUCGAGUUGAUCAUGAAAAACAUGGGUGAGAAAAAUGGAAGAAAAGGAUGAAGAAUAUGGUAGUAGAAGAAUUUAGGA